AUGACCUAUACUUCAUAUGGCCACUGGACUCGAACCGUCAUCAUAUCACCAGCAACUGAUCGCAUCUAUGUUGGUAUCGGUUCAGCAUCCAAUGUCAACGUAGAAAAUCUUCCACGCGCAUCUGUUCAACAAGCUAGUCUCAAUGGAAGAAAUCGAAAAACAUUUGCUUUCGGACUUCGAAAUCCUAUUGGACUUGCCUUUCAUCCGAUUACCAACGAUUUGUAUGUUGCAUGUCAAGAACGAGAUGGCCUUGGUGAUGAUCUUGUACCAGACUUCUUCACUCGUAUUCAGCAAGAUGAUUUCUAUGGAUGGCCUUACAGCUAUAUGAGCUCAGAUCUUACUGAUCCAAGACGACGCCUCUCGAAUGGUUCAAGUGAACGACCCGAUCUUGUGGCACGAACACAAACACCCGAUGUUCUCUUUCAAGCUCAUUCUGCUGUUCUUGAUAUGCAAUUCUAUACAGGUAAACAGUUUCCUGAUCGAUAUAAGAAUGGAGCAUUUGUUGCUAUGCACGGUUCAUGGAAUAGAAAUAUUGGAACAGGCUACAAACUAGCUUUCAUUCCAUUUGACAACAAUACAAAUCGACCACUAGGUUAUUAUGAAGAUUUUGUCAGUGGAUUUUUAACUAAUCCGUCUGGACCAGACACUUUCGGACGACCUGUCGGAUUACUCGUAUUGAAGGAUGGUAGUCUUCUAGUCAGUGAAGAUGGUAAUAAUCGACUUUAUCAAAUACAAUACAAUCAACGACUGCACAACGUAUAUUAG